AUGUGUGCACCUGGGGGUGUGUGCGUGUGUGCCUGUGCCUGGGUAUGUGUGCACUGGUGUGCACUUAGGGGUGUGUGUGUGUGUGUGUGCAUGGGCAUGCACACUUCCACAUGUGGCUGUGUGCGUGGUGCUGGGACAGGCAGCAGUGCACAACCGAGAGCUUCCAUGUGAGAGUGGACGUGAGAGGUAUGCUUGUGCUCACUUGUGUGCAGGCGGGGCCCCCCUGCCAGGGGUUUGCAGGGCGAGGUGUGUGUUGGGUUAAGGACUGGGGGGGUCAGUGCUACAGCAACUUUGAGAAGGGGUUAUGGUGCCCCCACCCAGCUCUCAGGACCCAGUCCCCUGCCCAGCACACAUCACAUCUGCCUCUCUCCACUCUUCCAAGGCGCUCAGAAGUGGCCUCCCUGCCAAGAGGGCUAUGAGCAAUUCCACGGAGACGUCGGUGACAGAGUUCAUCCUGCUGGGCUUCCCAGAGCUGUGCCACGUGCAGGGGCUGCUGUUCGGGUCAUUCCUCACCAUCUACAUGGUGACCAUCCUGGAGAACCUGGUUGUUAUGGCGACCAUCAGAGCCAGCCGUCAACUGCACACGCCCAUGUACUUCUUCCUGGCCAACCUGUCAGUGCUGGAGACCCUCUACACCUCAGUCACCAUCCCCAAGCUGCUGGCUGGCCUCUUGGCCUCAGCGAGGACGAUCUCCUUCUCAGGCUGCCUCACCCAACUCUUCCUCUUCCUCUCCCUUGGCUCGUCUGAGUGCUUCCUCCUGGCCACCAUGGCCUAUGACCGGUACCUGGCCAUCUGUCGCCCCCUGCACUACCCAGCCAUCAUGGACUCCAGGCUCUGCCUGCGCCUGGCCCUCGGCGCCUGGCUGGGCGGCUUCCUGGCCUCCUGCGUGUCCACGGCUCUCAUCUCCCGCCUCAGGUUCUGUGGCCCCAACGUCCUCAACCACUUUUUCUGUGACAUCUCACCCCUGCUGCAGCUCUCCUGCUCUGACACCGCCACCAUCGAGGUGCUGGACUUCGUGGCGGCCCUCGCUGUGCUCACCACCUCCCUGCUGGCAACCGUGAUCUCCUACACCCACAUCGUGGCCACGGUGCUGAGGGUCCCAGGAGGGGCUGGCGGCCAGAAGGCCUUCUCCACCUGCGCUUCCCACCUGGUCGUGGUGGCCCUCUUCUACACCACCACCAUCUUCAUGUACGCCCGGCCUCAUGCCAUCAGCUCCUUUGACCUCAACAAACUGGUGUCCGUGGUCUACUCCGUUGUGACCCCACUGCUCAACCCCAUCAUCUACUGCCUCCGGAACCAUGACAUCCAUGAGGCCCUGGCCAAACUCCACCGGGCUCCCGGCCCCUCCUAGCACCAGCAGCAGAAGGAGGAACUUCAAACCCUCCCACCCUGUCAUCUGCUCACUGCCACCAGCCCAUGCAUCAGGUGGGCCACAGCUCUCUCCCAGCAGCCCAGCCAGCAAGCUCCUCUCCUCCCCCGUCACCCUGAGACACAGUAGCAGCAGCAAACUCCAAAGGCGCCAGCAGCCACUUUCAGGGAACUUCAGCACCAGAGCAGGGGACAGCUCCUCAGCCCGGGAUGAGCUGGGCUCGGCUCUCUGACAUACUUUAGUUUUAGAAUUUCUGUCUGGUUCUUCUCAGUUUCCCUUUUCUCUGUCAAAUUCCCAGUCUUGUUUCUGCCCUGGGCUGCCUUCUGUCCUGCCUUCUGUCCAUGACACCUGCCUUCUGUCCUGGGCUGCCUUCUGUCCACACCUGCCUUCUGUCCUGGGCUGCCUUCUGUCCACACCUGCCUUCUGUCCUGGGCUGCCUUCUGUCCACACCUGCCUUCUGUCCUGGGCUGCCUUCUGUCCAGACUGCGUUGUCACCAUGGUGUCUGCAGGCUCUUAAUAGCUGGCGUGGUGAAUCCCUCUUCUCUGAACUGCUUUUUCAAAAUUUGUUUAAAUCUGACUUUUAUCUUUUUGUAUGAGCCCCUGAGCUCCUCAGUCUGCCUGGGCUGCCGUAACAAAGCACUGCAGGGAAAGCUCUGGCAGCACAGUGGUUGGGCUCUGUGCCUCAGUCCUUGGUUGGGGAGCUAAGAUCCCACAAGCUAUAAGGCACAGGGGAAAAUAGUGCCACGGAGAGGCUGGCUUAUACACCAGGAAUUCAUUUUCUCACAGUUCUGGAGCCUGGAAUCUGAGAUAAGGUCUCAGCAGCAUUGGUUCCGGAGAAGGCAAU